AUGACGCCACGACCGACGACUGCCCCGGCCCGACCGACAGAACCCCAGGACGAGGCCGCGACACCCACCCGGGCGAGCUUCGGCGCCGGCGCGCUCGCGUCACAGAGGCCUUUGCCAACCUCGCCGUUUCCCGAAUCGGUGCAGGUCCCCGAACCCACGACGCCCGCGCGGAAGAGAGAACACUCACAGCAUUCGAGGACAUCCAAGGAGCCCGAUGACGUAGACAUGGACGAUUCGGAUGGGGAUGCACAUGCCGUGGACGACGGUGCUGCUUCAGACGAGGAAGAAACCGUCAACGCGGACGGCACAAAAUCCAAGAAAAAGAAGUCGCAGAGGUUCUACUGCACCGAUUAUCCGCCAUGCAAUCUUAGUUUCACCAGAAGCGAGCACCUGGCUCGCCAUAUCAGGAAACACACGGGCGAACGUCCCUUCCAAUGCCACUGCUCUCGGCGCUUCUCGCGCCUCGAUAAUUUGCGGCAGCAUGCCCAAACCGUACACAUCAACGAAGACAUUCCCCUGGACUCGCUUGCGGCUACGGGCACGCGGUUUCAAAGGCAGAUCAGGACAGAAAGAGUGCGCCAGCCCGGGAGGGCCAGAGCAUCGACAUCGGGCAGUAUUGGGCCGGGAGGACGAGGGCAUUCAAAGUCGUUGUCCACGUCGAGUAUCACAAGCGUGAGCUCAAUAGCUUCCGGCUACGGUGGUACCGAUUCCCGUCGCAGGCCCCCGCCCCUCGUCAUGGCGGAUCCCCGAGCCCGUCUGCCGCUCGAGUCAUUGCGUGGGUCUGAUGGGCAGUUUUACAGACCACCGUCCCCGGGCGACUUCAGCACGCCAACUUCAGCGACGUUCUCCACCGGCCAGAACAGCCCCCGCUGGGGUACUGUCAUGUCGCCCAGCCCGUCCCAUUCGCGACCGCAUAGCAUGUAUGCUGGUUCGAGAACCCCUGGCCGUCGAUUGAGCGUCCCGUCUGGCGGUAACCCGUUCCAGUCGCCACAUGGGCUUGGCCUGAGGGGUCCACCCUUUGGCACCCCAUCGCUCAACUCAUCUACUGCGGGAACAUUCUCACCCUCCCAAGGCAGUUUACUGGCGUCGCCCACGGCAUCAACGUCGACAUGGUCCAGGCGGGAAUCCUUUUCGUCGGCAAAUGACGAAGCAUGGCGCAGGCGCACCUGGCACCCUGACACACGCGACUACAAUGGAGCAAGCAGGCUCAGCCAGGUCAUCACACCCUCCGAGUUCCCCCCGGACACUGUCACACCACGCACUCCGAAUUCCGUCAGCCAGCAACCGCCGCUGCGGCUCCCUGGUAUUGAGUCCUUCGACGAGAUUGCCCCUCUUCCGCCGCCGCGCAACCCUUCCCCAAUGAUGGUCGAUUCCGAAGUUCGCAGACCACCACCGCCUCUAGUCGUGCCAAACUCAGAGUUUGGCGGGGACGAUCGGCGCGGUCUUGCCCCUCAGUGGGAUGUGAACUUGCAUCGCGGAUUGACCAGGUUGGACAUCAACACUCCGCCGCGGGAUAGCGCAGGCGCGUGGGCCAACGAAGCCAACCAGGCACUUUUUGCCCGCGCCGAGCAAACGCGGGUUAGGUUCGAACCUGAGGUGAAGACCGUGCCGGCUCCGCCCCCGCCGGUGGCGCCGGCAAACGUUCCUCCCAGCUACCUCGGUCUCCGCCAUCAGCACACCGUGUCUGCGCCUUCCUUCAGCAACCCCCGCGAAUACCGACGGCACGGAUGGUACAACGGGCCGCUAGCCGCGCACCCGGCCGGCGAGACCAUUCACGAAGGACGGCCCCAUGUAGACCGGAUUGUCCACCCCAACAUCAGCUCGUUUCAGGGUUUCCCAGCCCGCGAACAGCCGCCCGUGUUGCACCAGCAGCAGCAGCAACCCGGGCCGCCUCCGGUGGAACGGAUGGAGCGGGUCGAGAGAAUGGAGCGCAUGGAGCGGAUCCCCGAGCGCCCUCCGAAUCAUCAGCAGGCCGGGAGCCCCGAGUCGAUGAAGCGCCUUGAGGCGCUUGUCGCCGUGGCUACUGGCCAGGGGCCUGUCGCAACGGCAUACUGA